AUGUCUUUCUGCACUACAGUCACAGGCAUCGCAGAUUCAACGGUAGACAUUUCGAGACGUACCACGAAUGACACGUCCACCGUUUCAACUUUUGACGACGAUACUGCACUUAUUCUCGAAACGGGAAAUGCGUUCGGAAAUGAAGGGUUGAACCAGCAACGUAACAAUGUCUCGAAUACUUCUUCAUUUAUGUCAGAGUCUGCCGAUGGUGGCGACACUAUGAGAGUUUUCGAGUGUUUGAUGCAGAAAGCAGGGGCCGGAGAUUUCGAAGAACAUGAUCGAUCGCACGAAAUGCAAAUUGCUGCGACGGCGAACACCUCGUUGAACUCUACGAAUAUGGAAGUGACGGAUCUGAUUUUGCAAGAGUCUGUUGAUGUGGUGCGUCGCAUUGCGCAUGCGCAUCAAAGGAGUGACGAAAGCACACCGUCAACAGAAGCAGUUAAUCAAAAUUCAACGUUUGUUGUCGAGAGCCCGCACCAAAAUGCUGCACUCGGCGACCACGUCGCAGAUGAGCUCAUGCAAAGGUGUGUUGUUGCCAUGGAUAUUGGCAAUGAGACAAUCAAUCUUGUCACUUCUGAGACAUCUUUCUGCGCUGGCGAUAAACUUAAUACCUCUGAAAUGUGUUCUACACAUCCAUCGGAUGCGGAACGAAGCCAGAUGUUGUCUACUGGUGGUGACGGUUUUCAGUGUCCAAAUACUCCUGCAAACACCACAAUUACUCUCGAAACUGAAACGCGAACAACUGCUACCAAGGAUAAGACUGGAACAAUCAACUUGUUUACAACGCCAGAUAAGUCGAUGGUUUCAAUGAGACAA